GCCACGCUCCUGCGUGUUGCUAGGUAGAUUAUGAUAAUAUAUGCAAUGCAGCCAUCUCUGCAGCUACCAUUGUGAGGCAUCCCUGGUUGUCUCCAGACUGAAGUGAUUGGUGAAGUGGUUGGCUGCAGGCCUGGCAUCGUGCUGCCAUGGAGACCAAGCAGGAGCCCUCUGCUGUGUGGAGUCAGACUGCAAACAGUGAUUCAGGCAACGGCACACAGGUGCAUUUUGAAGGCGGCACAGUGGCCCAGAUUGUGUACAGUGGAGAUCAGGCGGACCGAGGUCAGCAGCAGGUGGUUUACACAGCAGACGGGAGCUCCUACACCUCUGUGGAGUCUGCAGAGCAUACACUGGUCUACAUACACCCUGCAGAUGGCACUCAGACUGUAUUCGCUGAUCAGCCACAAGUGGCUUACAUUCAGCAGGAUGGUACAACCCAACAGGUCACCGUUUUGCUGCCCAGUGGACAGAACAUGAAUGCUGCCAAUCUGCAUGUUCUCAGUAAUGUCGCAGAGGCUCCCCAAGCUAUCCUGGAGCCAGUUUCCCAGGAGCAGCUGUCUGUGUCCAAUUCGCUCCCAUCCAUGGCUGACAUGGCGGACCCCCCCACCAGUCCCCUCGGGGCCACAGACUCCACGGACGAUUCUGACGAAGAUGAGGAUGAGGACUCCGAGAUGGAUGACUGGGAACCUCGUGAGCCUCAGUCAUUCAACCCUCACAGCCUCUGGUGUGAGGAGUGUAAUAACGCCAACCCCUCUGUGUGUCUGAAGCAUGGCCCUCUGCACCCCAUUCCCAGCCGGCCUGUGAUGUCCAAGGCCCGGGCCAGUCUGCCUCUGGUCCUCUAUAUCGAUCGCUUCCUGGGUGGCGUGUUCUCCAAGAGACGCAUCCCAAAGCGCACACAGUUUGGUCCGGUGGAGGGACCGCUGGUUCCUCAGAGUGAACUGCAGGAACACUACAUUCAUCUGAAACUGUGCAUGCUGGAUGCAGAGAAAGAUGGGGAGAAGUCUGACGACAUGUGGUUGGACCUUUCUGAUGAAGACAGCUGUAACUGGAUGAUGUUUGUGAGACCGGCUCAGAACCACCUGGAGCAGAACCUGGUGGCCUAUCAGUACGGCUCAGAGAUAUUUUACACAACCAUCAAGAACAUCCAACCCAAACAAGAGCUCAAGGUGUGGUAUGCGGCAUCGUAUGCAGAGUUUGUCAAUCAGAAGAUCCACGAUGUUACAGAAGAGGAGAGAAAAGUGCUGCGGGAGCAGGAGAAGAACUGGCCUUGUUAUGAGUGUAACCGUCGCUUUGUGAGCUCUGAACAGCUGCAGCAACAUCUCAACAUGCAUGACGACAAAUUAAACUCUGUUACCAGAUCCAGGGGUCGAGGUCGAGGACGAGGCAGGAGGAGAUUUGGGACAGGAAGAAGACCGGGACGCCCUCCUAAAUUUAUACGUUUGGAUCCACCAUUAGAUGCCAGUGGGGACAAGACAACAGAGAUGCUGGAACUGACAGAGAAGCCGCUGGAGGAGCAUGUGGAAGUAGCUCAGAACGGGCUGAAGGUGGUGGAGAUGGAGCCGGAGGUGGAGGCAGUUACUGAGGCAGAAGGUCAGCUUAUACCUCCUGCAGGGGAACCGGUCCCAGAGUCUGUCACUCCGCCCUCCAACACGGACCUGCCAGUUCCACUAAAGGAGGACCCGGCACAGAGCAGCCAAUCAGACGCCCACCUCACAUCUCAGGACAUGCGCCGUGCCAAGAGGAUACGGAACGCAGCGCUGCAGCACCUUUUCAUCAGAAAGAGUUUCCGUCCUUUUAAAUGCACCCACUGCGGCAAGGCCUUCCGGGAUAAAGACAAGCUGGAUCAGCACCUGCGGGUCCACGGCCGCGACGCGUACGCGUUUUCCUGCCACAUUUGCAGCAAGAGCUUCAUGAGUGACUCUGCCCUGGAGGACCAUCUGUUGGUGCACACAGAGAACCGCUCCUACUCUUGUCUCUUAUGCCCAGAAACCUUUGAACGGCUGGACCUGCUCAAAGACCACGUAGGGGUGCAUGCAGAGGACGGCUGCUUUACCUGUCCUUCCUGCAAGAAGACGUUUACUGACUUCAUCCAGGUGAAGAAGCAUAUCCGCUGCUUCCAUUCAGAGAAGAUCUUUCAAUGCUCAGACUGUGAAAAGGCUUUCUGCCGGCCUGACAAACUGCGCUUGCACAUGCUACGCCACUCUGACCGCAAGGACUUCCUGUGUUCAACAUGUGGCAAACAAUUCAAGAGGAAAGAUAAGCUGCGGGAGCACAUGCAGCGCAUGCACAAUCCUGACAGAGAGGCUAAGAAGGCUGACCGAAUCCACCGCUCCAAAACCCUCAAACUGAAGGUGCCCACCACCGACUUCGAGAGCUUCAUGUUCAAAUGCAGAGUGUGCAUGAUGGGAUUCAGACGCAGAGGAAUGCUGGUCAAUCAUUUGUCCAAGCGUCAUCCAGAGAUGCGUAUUGAUGAUGUGCCAGAGCUAACGCUGCCAAUUAUCAAGCCCAACAGGGACUACUUCUGCCAGUAUUGUGACAAGGUGUAUAAGAGUGCCAGUAAGAGGAAAGCCCACAUACUGAAGAACCACCCCGGGGCAGAAUUGCCUCCCAGCAUCCGUAAAUUGCGUCCGGCUGCUCCUGGUGAGCCAGACCCCAUGUUGAGCACACACACCCAGCUGACUGGCACCAUUGCUACUGCACCGGUCUGUUGCCCACACUGUGCCAAACAGUACAGCAGCAAGACUAAGAUGGUUCAGCACAUCAGGAAGAAACAUCCAGAGUUUGCCCAACUCACCAGCACCAUCCAGACUCCUCUGACCACAGCCGUGAUCAGCAGUGCUCCUGCAGUCAUCAGUGCGGACGGUACCACAGCGGAGGCUGUAGUGACCACAGAUCUGCUGACCCAGGCCAUGACGGAGCUUUCUCAAACACUGACCACAGACUACCGCACAGCACAGGGAGACUACCAGAGGAUCCAGUACAUCCCCGUGUCUCAGGCAGGAGGCAGCCUGUCCCAGCCGCAACACAUUCAGCUGCAAGUGGUGCAGGUGGCUCCGGCUUCCUCCCCACAUUCCCAGCACCCGACAGUAGAUGUGAGCCAGCUGCAUGACCCUCAUGGCUAUAGCCAGCACUCCAUCCAGGUACAACACAUCCAGGUCACAGAGCCCUCAGGCGCUGCACAAGGGUCCACCCAGGUCACAGGUCAACCUCUAAGCCCCACCUCCCAGCAACCGAGUCAGGAGCUGAGCCCCACCCAGCUGACCCCUGUGACCUUAGCUCAAAGCCACACUCUGCAGACUAGCAGCACCCAGCAGCAGCAGCAGCAGCAGCAGCAGCAACAGCAACAGCAACAGCAACAACAACAACAACAGCAGCAGCAGCAGCAGCAAGGGACUGUGCAGCAUGCUUACAUACCCGGGAACUGGAACUACAGAGGCUACUCGUCUGAGAUCCAGAUGAUGGCUCUACCUCACACGCAGUAUGUGAUAGCUGAGGCCAGCACACCUGUGUCUGGAGUCAACAGCAACCAGGUGAAAACGACACACUACGUUAUCGCUGAGGGCCAGACUGAGCUGGAGACCAAACAGACUGUUCCUCAGAACACAACCCAGGCCCACACUGAACAUCUGGAGCAGCAGCCGGCCAAUCAGCAAGCCACCACACAGUACAUCAUCACCACAACCACCAAUGGCAGUGGCACAAGUGAAGUUCACAUCACAAAACCCUGACGUGUACAGUGAUGAACUCUGCAAGCCCAGCGCAGACCCACGGACUGAUCCUGCAUGUAGACCUCAGCAGCUUGUACGCACAUAGAUGAACCAACAGUCAUAUGCACAUGGAUACAGACUGUGUACAUACAGAGCCAAAAUGGGGAUGAAUUAAAAUAACCAGCACAGUUUUAUGUGUGUGUAAAGUGUGAAGGCGUUGAAUGAGCUGAGAAAAUAAAGUCACUAGAGAGAUAAAUGCAAAGUUUGGGUUUUGAACAGAAUAUAUAAACAACAAAAGCUCAACGUUUGGUUUUAAUUCACAGAGCUGGGAAGUCAGUGAAAACAGGGACGUUACAUCAUUCUGUCAAAGAAGGUACAUACACAGGGAACAUGGAAGCGAUCAUCUUAAGGUCUUUCUGUGUGAGGUACUAGAGUCUGAGAUGGUGGAAGAGUUUGUUGCUCGGUGCCCAUUUUACAUAUUUGUAAAGUUACAGACAUUUCUUAAACUAUUUGUAAAUAAAAGUCUGGACAGAAACACAGAACUGAAAAAUAUAAGAAGAUACUGUACAAAGCAAUCCUGCGGUCCUUUCAAAACAGGUUGUUCUGUUUUUGCCCAAUGCGACCACCAAACACACCAUCUGUUGUAUUCUAUGUUAACAUAUUGUAGCUGAUAUCUGAUGAGAGUUUUUCCCCAUUAAUCUUUUUUUUGAGUAAGGACCCUUUUUCUGACUUUUACUACAAAAAUGCAGCUGUUGUCGUCGUGACGAAGACAACAAAAACACCUGUUUUUAUUGCAAAGUUCAGAACAGCAAAUGUAAUCAGUUCUACUCUUCCAAGACUCGCUGAAUGCUACCAGCGGCUUUGAGAGUGAGAGUGUUUUGCUUUUCAUUAAGUUUUUGAAGGACUUGCAGAGGUCUUACAGAGACAGUCGAGUUAAACUCACUAACUUUUUGAAUAAUUUUGUUUUUGACAUGUCUGAUAAGUAGUCACCACAGACUGAAGGGCACCAGAUAACUGUACUAGAACAGUUAUUUAGGCUUAAAGGCAGAAUGAGUAGGAUUUGUUGUUGCACAACAAUCAUGCAGCUCAACGUCUUCUCUUGGAUGCUUUCAAUCUGGCACCUGUUUGUUUUCAGAGAGUCCGGCCCUCACACCCUGCACGCUGUUUUUGCCCGAGGGGCUACACCCUCAGUGCUCAAAGGUUAAUGCCCAGAAAUGUCCGAACACAGCAAAAUAAGGAAAUCUAGGCAGAGGGCAGGGUCUCUGCAGACACAGACACCACCGCACACUUGUAGAGAGUCAUAAGUGAUGAUUCAGAGGGAUUAUUUUGUAUGAAUAUGUUGUUUUUGGGGAAAAUCCUGCUCAUUUUGUCCUUAGUUUCAAGUCUGUUUCACCUCCAAUGGUGGGUGUGGUUGGUGUGCUUGGUUCUAUCUGUAACCACACCUACUGUAACAGUGAUGUCACAGGGUCCUGGAGUACACCUGUACUUCACUGCAGCAAGACAAGAAACCACUAGAGGUCAGAAAAAAAGAUUUUCAGUGUUUUAGUGACGUUUUCAGGUUGAGUUUUUUUCCUUUCCCUGACACGUGUCAGCCUGAGGAGUAAAAUGUUCAUGGUUAGCUCUGCCCUAACAGGUGAAGAAGCCUUCCACCUUGUUUUACAGAAGCUCAAAGCCAAAUACAAAAUGUGUUUUCCUCAAUAACACUUUUGAAGACAAAUGACUCGAUAUUUGGUUAUAAUAUGACGUGUCACAGAGAGAAAUAUAUUAGGGGACAGCAUCACAGGCUUGCAGCUGAAAGCGUGGGAGCGCAACACAAUACAGUGCUCAAGGGUAACACGGUCAUAUCCCACUGUAUUCAUCUGUUCAUUAAGUUCUAAUUUGGGUUUGAUGCUUUAAGGGAAGCAUAGUAUUUUGGGGUAAACCAGCAGGGGAUAUUGUCAUUCAGCAUGUCUCUUAUCUCUUUCACUGUGAAGUGAAGAAAGGAAACUGUAACUCAGUGCUGUUCAAACCUUGUGAUAACAAUCACCUGUCCUGCAGAAGUGUUCAUGAGCAAACAUGCCUGGUGCUGGAACUCUGAGUGUUAAAGUACUUUUGGUACUUGUUUAAAGUCUUAGAUUUUCCUGAUUUACUUGUACAAUAAGCUCCCCGAGACACAGGUUAAUGCACUGAAUUAAGGCCAUUAUAAAAUGCUAAUAAUGUGCCCCAUAUUUAGAUUGGUCUCUGACAAUAGACAGAGAGUUUGGCCAUGUUCAGCGAUUCCUGUUGUUGCAGCCGAUUGUGUCCU